UUUUGGGACCACGGGCAGCAGAGGAAUGGGGUGGCUAUGCACGAUGGAAAAACACAAAAAUUUCUGGCAAGGAGAGAGGAUUCUGAGUAUAAAAGGAAGAGGAACCUUCGAGAAUGGGGAUUCGGGUUUUUCCAUUUCAUUUCUCUUGUCAUUUCUUCUCCCCUUUUUGUUUCAGAUAGUUUUUUCUGAGCUUCUUUUAGGGUUUUGGCAAAUUAAUAUUUUGCUAGUUUUGAUGAAGAUGUUUGGCUAAAUUUACAGCCUGGGUUGUGGUGAAACUGUUCUUUGUGUUCCAUCACUUGCUAGAUUUUCUAUAGUUUUGAUUGUUUAGCUCACUUGGUCUGAAAUCAAUUUCUAAAGAGGAAAAUCUGAUGAAUUCCCUUGCUCUUAGUCUUGUUCUACUGCAGACACAAGGCACAACAGAACCUUGAAUUAAUCAAGGAUUCCAUCAGCCGAGUGUUAAAUUUAUCUUGGUGGAAGCUUAGUGAGUGUACUUUAUUUUCGGUUUUGGCAUAACUAUGCUGAGUUCUUAUUUCAGAUAAUCUAUGUUAUUAGCUCCUUAAUUGAGUUAGUGAGUAGAGAUUAAUGCUGAGAAAACCGUGUAAGUGAUGAACACCAAGGAGCUUAAAAGCCGCUACCCAGGUGGUUACUCUAUUGAUCCUGUGAACCCUGCUAGUUAAACUAAUGAUUAACAAUUCUGUUUUAGAACCACACCAUUUUCAGAAGUUAAAUUUUACUUUGUAUGAUUUAAUCCCUAUUUUAGAGCAAAAUCAUUGCCAUGAAAACAGCCACAAAUCCACCAUAUAUUCACUUGAUUACAAACCCUUCACUGGGUGGAGACUUUUUUUUCUUUUUUUCCGACUUGUUUUCAAAACAAAAGUCAUAAAAAUUCAAACAAAGAAAUUCACAGGAUGUUCCUUCUGUAACAUCAAAGUUUUCCAAAAAGCUUUCUCAAGCAUGUUGUUGGAAUCACACUUGUCCCUGUGGAAAUGACCUUGGGACUUUCUUAUUAUUACAACUGAACCACUUCUACACUUGGGAGCGAUAAUUUGGACUAAGUCACUAAGCAGGGAACUCAAGGUCUUAAUUCAGAUUUAUGUUACGUUAAUUCCAUUCAAGGUCCUUUUUGGGGAAUGAAUCGCAUGGAUAAACUUGGCAUCCAUUAUCUUAGAUGUUGAGAGUUUCUUGGCUUGGGUGGGUCUUUUGUUGGGUUUUGUUGUUCUUCUAGAAUUUUUGGGCAUCUCGACAUGUGACCUCGACUCUUAAGAUAAAAAAACGAAAAAAGAAGGUCAAUAGUCCCAAUUGUGUACACAUAUGCCUUCCUUUUAGCUAGCAUCAUUUAAAUGCACUAGCUGUUUGCUGCACAGUUGUGAGCAUUUGCAUUUUAUUUCUUGUUACUGGCUUCAAAAUUUUGUUUUCUUGUACCCAACUGCCCUCAAAACAUGAAGAAGCAUCUGUUCAUGUUCUUAUUUUUUGGAUUGUUUAAUGCGCUUUGAAGAAUGUCUCGAUUGCAUAUAUGCAAAGGUUAAACAUGAUGAAGAAACUCUGCAGUUUGGAACCAACUCGGGCACACCUUCAAAGUGAAAAUGAACUUGUGAGACCUAGUUGCAUGGAUAUGGAUGUCUCAUAUCCUCUCAGGCAAAGCUUCCAACAUCCUGCACAAUUGCUACCUAUAUCUGGAGGAAAUUUUGAUGAGCCCAUUUCAGGAGAAGGGUGCUCUUCCCGGUACUACAUCCACAAAAUUAGUUGAAGAGAACUUGAAUGCACAACCAACAAUAUCCAACUUGUCUGGCGAAGUUACUAAAUUGAGGUGCUGUGAAAAAUCUGCUGUGGUGGGUGAAAAUAAUGUCAAAAUUGCUGAUAGAAAUGAUGUUGGCAGAGGUUAUGAACGUAGUAGGAAGAGAAAGUGGUUACUUAAUUCUGCUGAGCCCAUUGAAUAUUUGUAUGCCAAGGAUAAGAACUUGUGUGUGCAGAUAGAAGAGAAUCUAUCUUUGUUGCAUGGUACGUUAGACAGACGAAUAGGCAGUCCCCUGGAAGAAGUGAGAUGUCUGGCUCCUAAUCCGCAAUGCAUUCCACACGGUACGCUUGAUGGGUUGCACAAAAAGAGCAAGGUAUGAUCUCCUGAAGAGGUACAUAAGAAGCAUUUUUGUGUCAGUGACGAGCAAAAGAAGACAGAAAAACCUGGAACCGAAGUCUUGGAGGAUCAAGUGAUCUUGAAACUAUGGCAAGUUUUGAGGAUGUUGCUGAUGGUGACUACAUGAAACUGCUGGACUUGGAUGAUGCUGCUGACGAGCAACGUUACAGGAUAGCGGCCGAAAGGCCUGUGUCACCAAGUCUUCCUAUUAUUGACUUUGAUAACAGCCAAAUAUUUGAUGUGGAUUGUUCUGAAACUUUAGUAGUGGAAUGGGCCUAUAAAGAGGUAUCGACUGAGCACAGCUUUGAUGCUAUUGAUGUUGAAAUUGAGUCAAUAAACUAAAACAUACGGCUCUACGAACUUCCUGUAAUCUGUCACUGCAUAAGAAUGUAGCCCAGCUGAUUCCGUUGGAAUGGUUUCUGGACUCUAGUGGCACGAAAUGCUAGUCCUCAGCAAGUCCAGGUCUCGGGUCUGGUUGUGGGCAUUAGUAAUUUGCCUAGAUCAGGAGACGAGGAAGUUAAUUUUCCAUUUGAAAGUGAAGUUGGAUCUGCAUGUGACACUGUUGCAAAAUACUGUGUCGUGUCUCCAAACAUGAGAGAUCGUAACGUCACUUCUAGGAUAUUUAGAACUACCAAAACUUGUAUAGCUCGGUGCUGUUUGCUUUCUCAAACGGAGUGGGUGGUGCCAAAGAUUCUGCUUGCUCUUAUGAUGGAUCGAAGAAAAUCUUUUACUUGUGUAAGUGAUUCAUUGCCAUCCAAGUUGAUACGAUUUUCUUGCUGUUAAUAAAACUAGACAAGACUCCUUAUGGAAGGAUGGCGCGCAGCCAAUAAUAGUUUUUCUUUUUGUAACUUUAUCAGAAUAUGCAAGGAAGAAAAAAUGUAUUCCAAAAUGUAUUGAAAAAUGAAAUUCCUCUUUGUUA